AGCAAUAAAUAUUCAUUCAGUCAUUAUGUUCAAAAUUUGCAGCCAAGUUCACUCUCACUCAAACUUUGACCCCACAUCCGGCCUUAGGUAUUUCCGCCCGAACCUUGAAUUCUAGAAUCCCCAUCGACAAAUUCCCUUCUCCAUCAUCUCCUAACGGACCACCCCCUCGAUCCCACAAACAUGCCCGAUGAUUAUUCCUCCACAGGCGGUGGCUUAAAACUAAAAGGCGCCAGUACCGGCGCCGGUAUUACCAAGAAGAAGAAAAAGAAGAAGAAUACCACAAGCACAACGACAUCUACCUCGACCGCCGGAUCCGAAACAUCUUUACAGAAAGCCUUGAAGGAUGAAGAUGAUCUAGAAAUGAAGGGCUCUGGAGGAGAUGGGUCAACCGGAGUGAGUGGAGACCACUUAAAGGAAUUGGAUCCGCGCGAUCAAUCUGGGAAGACGGCAUCAGAGCGAGCGCACGAGGAGAUGAGGAGAAGGAGGGUGUGUUAUUUCUUCUACUCUUUCCCAGCCAUCUCCCAGACUUGUCCCAUCAUAAAUUACUUCAUGCCUGAUCAGGAAUAAUGGCAGUCAGGAAUAAUGGUAUCCACAGAGAAAUAGAUACUAACGAUAUUUUCCAUCAUAGUUAAACGACCGACUCAAACGUGAAGGGGUAAAGACACAUAAAGAGCGCGUGGAGGAAUUAAAUAGAUAUCUUAGUACACUGAGUGAACAUCAUGAUAUGCCUAAAAUCGGACCUGGAUAAUCGGGCUUCAGGAACCAGGAGUCCUUUUGCAACCACCGCCGCAACUCCAGGUGUCUACACCAUCCCUGCGACAACUGUCACUUUGACUGUGUGGAUUACGCUUUAGGAGAAGCAGGAGUUUGAGGAGUUUAUAAUAGGAUGGAUGCAUUUCAGCAGGUCGUACGAUUUCUUUUACUCCGAGUUUGUGAAUGUCAGAAAGAAUAUUACAAGGAAAGUGUGGCUCGAGGACCCGCGAAUACAAUUUUUCGGUAUGCUUUAAUGGUCGCUAUGGCACAGGUGGGAAUGAUGAGCAGCGCGCGAGACGUAGGUGGAUAUACCAGAUUAACGAAUAUCAUUUUAUUAUAAAGUCGACCUAAGAGUCACAAUCAGUUAGGUAUACGGA